UAGGAAACGAAUCGGAACAAAAAAAGCGCACGGUUGUUUCUUUCCGGAGAAGAUAUUUACCGUACCAGUGAAUGUUAAACGGCUUUUAUAUUUCUGCAGAAAACUAGCCCAUUAAUGGUAUUUUAGUAAAGGCAAUGGAGUAGUGAUAUAAAUAUUUGUGUAGUCGCGCCGGUAUAACCUUCACAGCCGUUCUCUCGAGCGCAGGACCUUUAACGUUACAAUGAUUCGGCGUCACAGAAAGUCUCGCCAGCAUUUUUGAGCUGCUUAAAGGUUGCAAAACUGCAGUCUGGUUAGGUUUGAUGUUGUCUAUUAAUUAUUUACGUUGCUUAAUUCAUCAAUUGAUUUAUUUAUGUAUUACUUUUGGCGAAAUUAUGUGACGCGCCGACAGCUGCUCUCGAAACGUCUUUUUGAUAUUAGACCACUUCAGAAAUUUACUCCGCUAUGACAGAGAUUCUUCGCAGAGUCCACGGUGGCUUUCUAAGAGUGGUCCUGCUCCCCAGCAGCUUUGGGAACAAAGCCCGUCCCGCCGCCUCUGAAGUACUAACGUGUCACCUCACCCAGCGCGCGCUGCCGCCCUGGACUUCCUUCUGCGUGCGCUACCGAGAUGUCAUCAACGACCAGUUCGGUCUGUCCAACUUUAACUGGCAGGUGCAGGGAGCGAACUACCACAUCCUUAGGACCGGCGCUUUCCCUUUUAUCAAAUACCACUGCACCAAAGCUCCUCCGCAGAACCUGGAGUUUGAAAAUAAGUUUUUCGGUGCACUGAAAAUCAUCAAUCUAGGUAUCCCAUGCUUGGCAUAUGGCUUGGGUUCAUGGAUGGUAGUUGGAGUGACAGAGACCGUUCAGACCUCUGCAGGACCUGUUACGGUUUACUUUGCAUACAAGGAGGUGGACGGUGCUCAGUUCUAAUAUCAGAGACACAAUCAGAGAGUAUUUGAAAAGAAGGACUUGAGUUUCACAAGAAAAUGUUUGCCACAGGCCAUCUAAGAACGUGUGUGAAUGGCCGAAUGCAACAUGAAAUUGCAACAUGAAAUAAAUUAUUCAUUCUGAAA